GCUCGGCUCAGCUCAGCUGGAUAGCUGUCCAUUUGCCGUCGGCGCGAAUUGAUCAAGUCCGCAUGAGAAGGUGAUCACGCAUUGAGACGCACAUGGCUGGGUGACAUCAUGCUCUCUGCUCACUCCCCUCCCUCCCUUCUCCUCCUUUUCCUCCUCCUCCUCUUUUCUGUCUUGCUCCCCCCAUCCCUCCUCUCCCCCACCCCUCUCUCUCACUCCCCGCUCCGCUGGACCUCCCCCCAUGACCCCUGCUACCACCUGGACGGGCGUCCGCGCCACUGCCUGUCCGAGUUCAUCAAUGCGGCCUACGGGGUCCCGGUGGUGGCCAGCCACCCGAGCUGGGCAGGGUCCUCCCCGGAGAGGAACGUGAGCUCCCUCACCGACCUCCACAACCCGCAUAACCUCACCUGCCUGGCGGGAGGCAGGAAAAGCUGACUGGGCGUAGCGGUGCCCCUGGGCGCCAGCGAGAUCACCUACAUCAGCCUGCAGUUCUGCCAGCAGGGGGAGCUCUCCGAGGGCCUCUCCAUCUCCAUCCUCAAGUCCAUGGACCACGGCCAGAGCUGGCGCCCACUGCAGUACUACUCCAGCGACUGCCCGGACGCCUUCGGUCAGCCGGCGCAGUCGGUGGCGCUUACGCGGCACCAGGAGACCGAGCCCCUCUGCUCGGACCCGAGGCCGCUGCAGAAGCACCGCGGCGGCGCCGUGCUGGCCUUUUCCACUUUGGACGGACGGCCGUCGGCCGCCGACCUGGACUUCAGCCCCGUGCUCCAGGACUGGGUGACGGCCACGGACAUCAGGGUGGUGUUCCACAAGCCGCAGGCGCGGGCCGGCCAACAGGGCGUGGCCAGCGGGAAGUCCAGCGAGGGCGGGAGCACGGGAGGGGUCCUGAGGUGGCGGGCAGGGACAAAGGGUGACGGCGUCGCUCAGGGCGAACGGGACAGAAGGAGGAGGAGGAGGAGGAGGAGGAGGAGGAGGAGGAGACAGACUAAUCCCAAGGAGAACCGGAGAGGGGAGAGGGAGGAGAAAGCUGCUCGGAGGAACGGGAGCAACAAGUCCGUCUCCCAGGAGGAGACGCAAAACACAACCAGGAAGGAGCACGACGGGGACGCCACGGCGACCGGCAGCCCUUCCUCGCCCAGGAAGGGGAAGGGGCGCCGGCGGAAGAAGGAGGGCCAGCACUGGAAGCCCUGCCAGGGCGGAGCCUGCGAUUGGUCAGUGGAGACGCAGGACAAGAGCUCGAGGAGCCGGGAGCUGCGGAGGAGGCGAAACCACGGAGACGGGAGAGGCUCGCGACCGAGGAGCGGAGGAGCCGUCGCCCUUCCGCUCAGCCCGUCCGCUCUCCAGGCGCCCCCGAUCCGUCCCCCCGUCUCGCUGUCCGACCUGCAGGUGGGGGGCAGGUGCAAGUGCAACGGGCACGCCUCGCGCUGUCGCCGCGACAACCAGGGCCAAGCCGUGUGCCAGUGCGAGCAUCACACGGCGGGGCCAGACUGUGACGUGUGCAAGCCCUUUUACUACGACCGCCCGUGGCAUCGGGCCACGCCGACACAACCCCACCCGUGCGUCCCCUGUGAGUGCAAUGGUCACUCCACCAAGUGCCGGUUCAGUAUGGAGAUCUACCAGCAGUCCGGCCGGCAGAGUGGCGGCGUGUGCCUCAAAUGCCGACACCACACGGCCGGCCGCCACUGCCAGUUCUGCCAGAACGGCUACACCAGAGACCAGAGCAAGCCCCUGACCCACCGCAAGGCCUGCCAACCAUGUCAAUGCCAUCCUCUUGGUGCUGUGGGUCGCUGGUGUAACCAGUCUACUGGGCAGUGCUUGUGUCGGGAAGGGGUGAUGGGACAGAGGUGCAACCGUUGCGCCCCCGGGUACAAACAGGGCAGAUCGCCUCUGCGCCCCUGCCUAAAGAUCCAGGAAGUUGUUGCCCCAACUCCAGUCUACCAGCCUCAGUACAGUAGGGCUGAGGAGUGUCAGUCUUACUGUCACCCCUCAUCAGUGAAAGUGAGAAUGAACCUGGAGACAUUUUGUCUGAAGGACUAUGUUCUGAAGGUGCAGGUGAAAGGAAUGGAACGUUCCGGGCCCUGGUGGCAGUUCUCGAUAUGGGUGCAGUCCGUGUUCCGUGUGGGCUCAUCUCGCGUGCGUCGGGGCCAGCAGGCUCUCUGGGUGCCGGACCGCGACCUCGGCUGCGGCUGCCCCACCCUCCAGGUGGGCCGGACCUUCCUCCUGAUUGGCGCGGAGGAAGGGGGGCGUAACUGGGCGCCCGGGGAGCACCGGCUAGUGGCGGACCGCUCCACCAUUGCCCUCCAUUGGAGGGAGCACUGGAGCCCCAAGCUGCGGGGGUUCAGGGGGCAGGACAAGAAGGGCAAGUGCCUGGAGGUGGCCCAGGAGAACUCCACCUCCCGCAGCAGACACACACACACCUCCACGGAGGAAUACACACCUCCCCACCUGGAGGAAGGACCACGGGAGGACACACACACCCCACGCACCAGCCGGCAGAGGACUGACACGCACACCGUGAGACAGGACACACCUCACGACGUACACACACGCACGCACACGCACAAGCACAAGUCCCAGCACUCACACCACAAUGGUGGACGCCAGAAGCACACGCACCACACGCAUCGAGACGGACAUGAUGAUGAGGGACAUCCGACAGCAGACGGUCCUCAUGAGACCACCUCGCCCCAGUUUACCCAGAAUGCUUUGCAGCAUGCCCCCAACCCCUCAUUCACACCCACCGCAGUGUCAUUAGACACUAAGAAACACCUUUUCUCCACAGUCUGCCCCACACUUCCACCUCAUGACAGCCCAGUUUGACAAAUAGGGCACGCAGGAGGCGUCGCCGACCGGAACAAAAUGGACAAUAAGAGAUAUCUUUAGGUGAUGCACUGAAGUCAUUUAACCUCAUUUAACCUUUUGAGGGGAGAACUUCUGACGUCUAAACCUCUAGUGCUCAGGCUUUGGCACUGAAAGCUACCGUUGCUCACUCAAAGACUGAGGAUGACUAGCCAAUGUUUCUUUUACUCGCCUAGAAGCUGGUAAGGACACUGCGGUUCCUCUACAUUCAGGUCUCUGUGGAGAGAGAGAGAAAUAGAAAGAGAGAGAGAGAGAGAGCUCAUGUAUGAAGUGUGUCCACAUUGAUGGCUAAAGCCUCUGGUCAGGCUGCAUACGAAUGGUCAGCUCAGUAGAAUAGGACAUCACAUGACCAGAUCAGGAGCUUAGAAGCUGCUGUGUUCAUUAUGUCAGAAUUGAGAUUGAGAGAGAACAUCCAGAGUUUGUUUUUGUUUGGGGGGUAUGUUCAGAUUUCAGAGGUAGAGGCCAGGAUCAAUCAGUUCAUGAUUCUUUUUCCAAGCAAUGGACAGGUGUCGGCAAAGGCUUCGAGUGACUAUUAUUGUUCUCUCUAGUCGUGUGGAUCCAGACAUGAAUUACAUCAGGUGACAACCAACAAAGAUGAUUGGUGCUUUUGGGAAGUUGUGGGCUGUUCUUUGGCUCUUGACACUAUUCAGUACCACUGUUUCAAUAAGUUGUCUUUAGACAUUAUGAUCUCAAAAUGCUCAAAGAAGCUCAGCCCUUUGUUAAAAAUCUGUUUAGUGUGUGUGAGUGAUGAGAACAGCCGAUUCUCGCCAAAAUAAAUUAUUUUAUGGCGCUAUUUUAUUACGGGGAAACUUGUGGCUGCAGAUCCAUCUACUGAAACCCCAUCCACUGGUCUCUUAAAUCAUUAGCAGCCAGCUGAAAUGCAACACUGGUCACAGUAUACUUUUGCAAGUCUUAUAAAUUAUAUGGUGUUCUUUUAAAAUGUGUAUUUAUAUUUACCUGAAAUUAUAUUCUUGUAACUUGCUUGGCAAAGAAAUGUAAGGGGCUCUCAUUAGCACAUUAAGGGUGCUUCUUCUACAUAGAAACACUACCUCACCUAUUUCUGAAGAUGCAAGAUGGUGCUUCUGCUAUAUUUCAAGGUCAUGGAAGUGCCUGCAAAUGUUUGAUCUCACGUACUGUAAAACACACAAUGUUCGGUAUGUUGUGCGUGAAUGAUGUUCUGUGUUCUGUUGUUGAUUCUGUCAAGUUUAAAUGGAUUAUAACAAUGCAGUGUCGAGAAUAAACAGACAUCACGCCCCGAGCUUUGCACAUGCUCACAGCGGUUUAUGAACGCAGAGGUGAAAGGUCACGGAGAGGCA